AUAGUAAUCAGCAUGACUCAGUUGCUAGUAAAGAUAACACUGAAGGUUCUGACACGGAAACACUUGUAACAGGUUCUGUGUCUUUAAAUGUCAGGCUGUUGCCAUAAAAGUGUACAAAUUUCACUAUCGCACUUUAAACCCUCCCUUAGAUAAGAGUCACUGUGGAAUCACAGCAGUGUCUACAUUAGUCCUGUCAGCACCUGUUUAUUAAGGGUUGGAUCUGAAUUUCUCAAAGUUGCAUCUGACACAAAAAUGAAUGAAUACUUUCCAACUUUUCAGAUUUUCAUACCUGUCGCAGUCAGUUUUUUUGUGGUAAUCUGCUGCGUUGGCUUUUGUAAAACCUACCAACGGGCCCGUAAGAAGCAUCUUCAGCGGCUGGCGGCUCAAGCUCGGGAACAAACACCUGUCUAUGUCAUUCCCAUCUCUCUGUCCGAGGAUGAUCUGCACAGACCCCCGCUUUAUAGCACAGUCCAGUUUUAUGACCCACCUCCUGCUUACAAUGAGAUAAAACCUGAGGUCUUUCUGCAGGAACCCCCACCUACAUACAGCGAGACCUUCUCUUCUUCACUAUCAAAUUCAUAAAACAAAACACACUUGGACUGAUUAGAGAGAAUAUAUUGAGGAAACCUUGCAAGUUUCAUCAUUUUAAAAGUCACCCAUGCUGCUACUUACUCUGCAAAGUUUUAAAGUAUAAGAGAUGGACUAUUAGAAUAGAUAAUAAACAUGCCAUUCUGUUGGGAUUUUAAGUCCAUAUGGAUUUGAAAGGGAGUUUAUUUUGUAGAUUUGUAGACCAGUUGUUCUCAAACUGGGGGCCGGGGCCCAAAGGGGGGCCGCGAGAUGGUGCCAGGGAGGCCCCAGUUUUAUGACAUUUUAUAAAAUACUUUAAUUCAUCAUGAAUUCUGUGUAAUUAAACCUAAAAAAAAAUAAGGCUUCUAACCAACAGCACUACUUUGUAUAAUUUAAUAUGUUUUGUUUGAUAAAAAUGUUAAGUUUUAGAACUGGUUUUUGUCAUAAAUUUUCUUUGGGGGGGGGCGCAAAGAAAUGUGCCGUACACAAGGGGGGCCGCACACUUCAAAAGUUUGAGAACCAUUGUUGUAGACAGUUGUACAGUUUAAAAGUGUAUGUGUUGUUGUUUGUAAAUAUGCUGUACAUUGUUGGUAUACCUUUAAAAGUGAGUUGGUAUGUUUAUUUGUAAGAAACGUUAAAUGAUAAGUGGUUGACUGUAUGUGUCCAUCAGAUUUCUUUAUUUAAAAAAUGGGUCCACACAUUUUUAAAUAAAAUUUC